AUGGCCUCACAUUCGGUGAUAUCAAUUUCCCCGCAAGACACCGGUGUCUUCUCAGUCCCACGGGUUCCGGCUUCCUCCCGCACCACGCUCAACCAAAUCCUCCAAGAGAACCAUGAAAGAUACCACCCUUUCUUCAACGAUAAAGGAUUUCACAAUCACAUCACACAUUACAUGCUUGCCUCAUACGCCCUCGGGGCUGAGCCAGAGCAACUUUCGCGUGCCUGGGUUCAAGAGAAAGCCUUUCAGCGUCCCCAGCACACCCUCAACGAAGAAAAUGUCGUCCGAAUGAAGAACACGCAAUUCUUCAUCAGUUGCCUCGGCAAGGAAGAGUAUUACCGCGAUUUUCUCAUAUUCUUUCAACAAGAAAUUGGUCAAAAGGGAACUGGCGCCGUGGUCAAUCAGUAUGUGUUUGAUCGGACUGAGGUUUCUGAAGCUCUCUUCACUCGCCUUUUUGCAAGCUUUCUUCAUCCGCUUAUCCACCUUGGUUAUGGAGUAGAGUUUAACCAGCCGGCUAUUGUUGCAGAAGCUCUCGCUCAGACCGCCGUACACCACAAUGAGGUGGCUAUCGUCAUGAAAGGCUGUGAAGAAGCAGCCAACGGCCGGCCAGACCUCGCAACCCGGACGAUGAACGAACUUCUGGGUAAGGUGCGGGAUACCGAUUCCAUUCGCAACGCGGCCUGCUGGGGAGAUGGUAGCUGGAUCGAGGACAACCCAUUGACAUCUGCGCCAAAAGAACUCCUAGAGAUAGCCGCUCGUUGGCGUGUCACUCAGGAGGAGCUGUUUGAAAAGACGGCGGAAAUGAUUAACGUCAACGCGUUCUUCUGUGGUGCAGCACAGAAUCCGCCCAAGGAGUACAAGAUUGAUUUCUUCUUCAUUCAUAACCUUAACUGCUCUAUAUUCUUCCCCAGCUUCCUGCAGCAGAAAUGGCUGAGUCUCGAAAAUAAGGUCCGUCUGUUAGAGUGGAAGGGAAGGUUUGAUAUCGUCGCCUAUGCUGCACGUGGAUCACCUCACUUGGAUGUCAAUGAGAUUAUCGACUACCAACCAAAGAGACCCGGCACAGGUUGGGUUGAUCUUUUCCAACGUGUCCAUAGUUUUGACGAUGACUCACAUGUCACUAAGUUCUUACGCGCACUGGCCCAUGGGAGUCGUUUCUGCCAGGGCUACGACAUCAUCAACGGUGAUCGCUUCCCGAUGAAGGGUGGCCUGUGGCUGCAAGUUGCACAUAUGGCCAUGGAUACUACCGAAAAAGAACCCAUUGCGAAGAACCGGUGGGUUAGGGGUGCAGGAUUUCCUUCGCAGUGGGACCACUUUCACUCCCGUCACUAG